AUGGCACUUCAUAACUACGGCAACUCUGCCGCUCGUGGUCCGCCAGAUUUCGCGCUGCCUUAUCAAACCACAGUUGCGGACAAAGUCGCCAAGCUCGGCAAGAAUUGUAAUCAGUCGCACCGGUUGAAAUAUCACAGCCCUUGCACGUGGAGGAACCUCAAGUUCACUUUGCAGAAACCGAAUGGACAGUCAGCGCUAGAUCUACUGCCGUCUGUCGACUCCAAGCACGCAAAAGGCCAUUGGUCGGAUCCUUUCAAGUCGGACGCCAUUGGAGAGUAUCAGAUUACGUACACGGUGAUCGCUUCCGCCUUGCAGGACAAGAACGUGAUCGCUUCCACUCCCAGCCGCUUCAACUACAUUCCAGCAAAACCAGAGUUGGAACCAAUCCUACCCGAUGACUAUCCGGGCGAAUAUCUGGUUCGGACGUCGAAGAUACAACAGAAUGGAAAUUCUACGACUCGCCUUGGUGUCAUCAGCCAGGAACCCGCGGCGUUGUCAAUAGAAGAUUGCACAUCAACACUAAACACCAACAUUAAUCUGGUCUUCAUGCUUGUGGGGCGCCACGAGCGUGGUCAUCGGCCAGCGCCAUUUCCAAAGAAAUAUGAUGUUGUGGCGCAAUUGAAGAGCACCACUUUCGUGAUGCCACGGCGAGCAAGACCUGAGUUGCACACCGUUCAAGCACUGCCGCACAGCAAAGCAAUUCUCAAGCAGUCGCUGAGCAACAGUCAACGCUACACUGCCGCCUUCCGACAAUGGGAUGUACACGAUUCGGAAAGCGAAGAUGACAAGCGUUCCCGCUUCGAAGAAGUCUUGACGAACACGAUAACGAUCCCCUUCAGCGUGCACGUGGACCAAGCUUUAAGCCCUGACUUCUGGUCGCCGCUUUUGAGUCGAAGAUAUACCAUCGAGCUCACGGUCACCCUGGACGAAGAUUCGAGCAGCACGACGAAAUUGAAAUUGCCCGUGCAGAUUUAUCGGCCGCCUGGUGUCUCUGAUUGA